AUGCCGUCCCGCAAUUCCACCGUGCCCAAUCUCGACCUCAGUCUGUUCAAACCGGACGCCAACAACGGCAAGCCUUCAUCACCGCGCUCCCCCGGUGCCCAGAGCUCGGACGGACCGAGUCCACUGACCCCCCGUUCGCCCAAGUCCGCCUCAAGCUCGCCGCUCUUCAAAGGCACGACCAUUCGUCCGGUCACCCAAGACUCCACCAGCAAGGUCACCAGCCCGGCCAUCCCAACUUCGCCUGGUCUGUCCGCCGCGGAGCCCGCCGCGGAGCCCUCAACCCCCGGUCUGACCGCCAUCCCACAAUAUUUUCCUUCCCCCAAAGAGUCCUCAAAACCCUCCCACGCGCGCGAUGCGUCAAGGUCGUUCUUUGGAAACCUGAAAGCCCCUCGAUCAUCGCACCGGGCGCAGCGAUCGGAUAGUUCGAGCAACUCAACCGACCACCCCAAGAGCCGGGGAAGCUCAAGGGAUCGCAAAUCGCCGAUGACACCGAAGUUGUAUGAGUCGUCACCCGACUUGCCUAGUGUCAUCGCGAAGGCGAGUGAGAACGAAAAGAGCGAGAGCGCGGCGGCCGAUAAGACUUCACAACAAACAAGUCAGAAAAAAACCAAUGGCGACCAAGAGUCCGCCCCGUUGAAGAAAAGUAAACCACGAUUUGCUGGUCUCUUGACCCGAUCACGAUCUAUUCGAGUAGACGAGUCGUCCGGAAACAGAGCCGCUGGCCGGCGACCGUCGACCGGCUUGGCCAAGCUGGAGGAGUUCAGCCAAGGCGAAGUACAAAAGCCCCUGCGGUCCGCCACCGCUCAUCCUGAACGUUCAACCCACGGAGGACUGAACCCCCCUCCGCGCCCUUCAGAUACCGCCUCUCUUCGCAAGGAGAGAAGCCAAGGGGGAUCCAUGGUGACGUCUGGCUCGUUGAGCCAGGUCUCUGGUGCCUCGGCGGCAAUCUUCAACAACCUGAAGCAGUCCUCAAGCGGUGCCGCAGACCGCAUUGGUAAGGCAGGCAAGGGCUUCUUUGGCAAGAUCACUAGGAGUGGUAGUACCAAUGAGCGAGAGCUGGUUAACGACGAUAGCUAUGCUUGCGCCGUGAUCAACCUCCCACUCAUCGAACAGGCCAGGAAGACCCGUAUUGCGAAGAAGCUGGAAGAUUGUCGGGACAAGACCGAGUUCUGGAUGCCUGCUCUUCCCUACCGCUGUAUUGAUUAUCUCAAUUUCAAGGGCUGCGAGGAAGAAGGUCUGUACCGAGUCCCGGGAAGCGGUCGCGAAGUCAAGCAUUGGCAGAGACGAUUCGACACAGAAUUGGAUAUUAGUCUCUUCGAUGUCCCCGAUCUCUACGACAUCAACACGAUCGGCUCUCUAUUCAAGGCUUGGCUUCGCGAGCUGCCUGAUGAGCUUUUCCCGAAGGCAACGCAAGAUAUGAUCUCCUCAAAAUGCGAGGGCGCCACAACUGCCCCGCAACUUCUCAAGGACGAGCUCUCGAAGCUCCCGCCCUACAACUACUAUCUCCUUUUCGCCAUUACAUGCCACCUCAACCUUCUCCACUCGUACGUCGACCAAAACAAGAUGGACUAUCGCAACUUGUGCAUCUGUUUCCAGCCUUGUAUGAAGAUCGAUGCGUUCUGCUUCCAAUUCUUAGUCUGUGAUUGGAAGAACUGUUGGCAGGGCUGCUGGACCGAGAAGGAGUAUGCCCAGAAGGAGAAGGAGAUGGACGAGCGGGAGCAGAAGGAGAAGGAGGAGAAGGAGGCAGCUGAGGCCAAAGCCAAGGCCCAGGCCUCCCAAGCUUCCCCUUCUCAUGAACGGGCCAUUUCCUCUAGCUCCAGCUCCCAGGGCGAGGAGGAGCGCCUGCGUCCCGAGACCUCUCGAGGCCGGAAGGCUCGACCGAAGAAUAUCGAAACAGGAGCGACACAUACUCGCAGCAUUUCUCAACUUCCCGAACUUGGUCCGCCUCUUUCUCCCAUCAAAAUAUAA